CGAGGCGGGGCUCGGGGCGGAGAUAGGCUCGGGGCUCGGGGCGGACGGUGUGCGUGCAGUGCGGCGGCCGUAUGGAGUUGUGCGGGUUGUUGCUGCCGACCGAGGAAGCGGGCAGUUCCCUCGAGUGACUGCUCGCUGCGGCUAUGGGUGUCGGUGCGGGCCCCGCCGGCUCGGGGCGCGGUGCCGAGAUGGUUGAAAGGCUCGUAGCCACCGAAGCCCAAGGGCUGCUGUACCAGCUCUCAGCCCUGUCGGAGCAGGAGCUCAGGUGUCAGCCGAAGGCCUCUGGGCUGAGGCUCAUCGAAGCUGCUCAUGACAACGGCCUCCGAAUGACCGCCAAGCUGCGAGACUUCGAAGUGAAAGAUCUCCUCAGUUUGACUCAGUUCUUCGGCUUCCACACAGAGACGUUUUCACUAGCUGUGAAUUUUUUAGAUAGAUUCUUGUCAAAAAUGAAGGUACAACCUAAACAUCUGGGCUGUGUUGGACUCAGCUGCUUCUACUUGGCUGUGAAGGCAUCAGAAGAAGAGAGAAAUGUUCCCUUAGCCACGGACUUAAUUCGAAUAAGCCAGUAUAGGUUCACUGUUUCUGAUAUGAUGAGAAUGGAGAAAAUCGUAUUGGAGAAGCUGUCCUGGAAAGUCAAAGCUACAACAGCUUUCCAGUUUCUACAACUGUAUCAUUCAGUCGUUCAUGAGAAUUUAGGCUGUGAAAAGAGAAUAUACCUUAAUUUUGAGAGGCUUGAGACCCAGCUUAAGGCAUGUCACUGCAGAAUUACAUUUUCUAAAGCCAAGCCUUCUGUCUUGGCACUGGCCAUUUUGGCACUAGAAAUAGAAGAACAGAAACUAAUGGAGUUGAGAGAGGCAUUGGAAUUUCUGCAGUUGCAUUCCAAGGUAAACAACAGAGAUUUGACCUUCUGGAAGGAACUGGUGUUAAAGUGCCUUACAGAAUAUUCCUCAAGCAAGUGUUCCAAACCGAAUGUCCAGAAAUUAAAAUGGAUUGUGUCUGGACGUACUGCACGGCAGCUUAAACAUAGCUACUACAGAAUAACGCACCUUCCUACAAUUCCAGAGAUGAGCUCUUAAGAGGAAUCUAACAGAACGAGGAGAGAACCUGUGAGCUUGUUAACAGACAUCAGAAUAUUUGAGAAAGAAAGUCUGAAACAUGAUACUAUUAAGGAAUAAAUCAAUUCAUGGAAAGAAUACAUAAUAAUUUCAGAGUAAAGAUCUUUCCAGCAAAUAUACAUUCUUUUCAUGAUGAUUACAACAAUCUUCAUUGUCAGUUUUCAGUCUUGUUGGUUAAGACUGUUUAGUGAAAUACGACAAUACCGAUAAAAGGAAUGUGGACACCUCGCAGUUUGUGGAGCACCUUGUGUAGUCUAACUUUGGUUUACUGUAACUGCAGGUGCUGAAUUAUAUAUUUCAAUUUUAACAAUCUAGUUUACUUUCCAAAGUUCACAGGACACUAGGAAAAGGUGGGCAGUAGCACAGUGCUGCAAUGUCUCAAACUAAACACUAAUAUUGGUAACAAUAGCAAAAACCUGUCAGUCUAUGUGGGAUGCAGUUUGGGCAGUCUGGUGUCUAUGUGUUCCUACUGGGCAAAGUACUGGCCUUCUUACCUAAACACUCAGUAAAAACUAGGCUGUGAUACCCACAGAAAAGUCAAGUAGCUGGAGCAGGAGAGAUGAGCAAGUUUCUUUCGUUGCCUUGCAAAUGAUAGUCACUAACACAGCAUCAGUAACUUGUAAGAGGUGUAGUUUACCGAGAUUACAAAUACUUCAUAGAGUGGUAAAAAACUUUGGUACCUAAGGAGGGCUGAAGUACUGGGUCCCUUGCCCCAAAUCUGACACCAGUUUGCUGAAGUUUCACUGGGAAAGAGGCAAAUGCUGAUGCUGGACAGGUCAUUUUUACAGGCACAUUAGGAGCAGGCCUAAUGCCCCAUCUUGGCCUGUGCUAUAGAAGCAGUCUGGGUAACACUGAAGAUUGCUUCAACUCUGACCUAUUUAAUGGUAAGCUUUAUAAAAUACUACUCUUUUUUUUCCUGAAGAUCAGAUCAGUCGAUAAGGUGUAUCAUGCUUCUGGUGCAAAUGUGGAAGUGAAUAGUAAGAACGCAUUAUUGUAUGUAAGAUGAAGGGAGGUGUUGGGGGUAUGUUGCUAAUGACCUCAUGAAUUCCAUGUCACUGUGGAGCAGAGGCUGUUGGUGAUAGGUUGUUAACUGAUGGCUGCAUGAACUGAUUUAGUGGAGAAGGACAGGUGGGAGUGUUCUGAAUAUAGUGUGGACAUAGAUGUCACCCAGCAACCCUUCCCCCUUUAUGGUAAUAGGUGAUGGGGAAACCAUUGUUCACCUAUCUGGGACUAGUUAAACCUUUCAGCAAAGACUUGAUACCAAAGCUCUGUAUUGGACAAAUCAAGGCUUCCCAUGAACUCAUGGGAGUGACUGCACUGCAUAACACAGGUUUUACAUCUGCCAGUGGUAACGCUAUCUGUGCUUUGUGCUGGCCUCUGAGAUAUAUACAAAUGAUUGAAACGACGGUGAGCCUGCUGGGAGAGAUGGAAAAGAUGCAAUGUGCAAUUCUAAUAAUGUUGUCAUGUUUCAAGAUAUCUACUUUUCAAUUAAACAUAGAAAU